AUAUUCCCAUUCCUUUCAUUCUCAUCCUCCCUUCCCCAGACCCCACCCACCAUUCUUUUUUUAUUAAUUUAAAAACAAGUAUCCAAAAAUCAAAGUCAUCCAAAAUCUGUGCCUCUUUUGCUUUACUAUAUAUUCUAUGAUCGACCCAGCUUCUGAUCCGCAAGGACUCUAAGCGCCGCGAUUUGCAUCUCAGAUGGCGUCGUCGGCACAGCUCCGGCUCAUGUCCGAUCUCAGAACCAUCAUCAAUGAGCCUCCCGAGGGUUGCAGCGCCAGCCCUCUGUCCGACGAUAACCUGAUGGUUUGGAGCGCCACCAUAUUUGGGCCCGACGAGACUCCAUGGGAAGGUGGUGUUUUUAGUUUGAGGUUGACAUUUAGUGAACGUUAUCCCGAAAAGCCACCUCGGGUUCGAUUCACCUCCGAAAUCUUCCAUCCAAAUGUUUAUCAUGACGGUACACUGUGCAUGGAUAUAAUUCAGGAUGCAUGGUCACCAUGCCACAAUGUAUCUACAAUUUUGACAUCUGUUCAAUCACUUCUCACCGAUCCAAACGCUGCAAGUCCAGCAAACCCUGAUGCUGCUCACAUGUAUCAGCAUGACAUACAAGCUUACAACAAGAGGGUACGCCGUUCUGCUCGUCAUUCCAUCGAGUCUUUGUAGUAGCUGUUUGAAAUUAUUCACGUCUACUUUUUUAACACUUUCGGAGAAGGCUUUAGUACUGCUUUAUGCCCAUCCGCAGCAGCUCGUUUAUCUCGCUCGUAUUGUUGAAUGUAAUCAUAUAGAAUUUUUUUUCUCCUGCUCAUAUAUAUUAUUCAAAGUUGAUAUCAAUCUCGCACAUAAUAGCAAAGGAAUGUAAACAUUAGUUAGAAAUAGUAUCAUUUUAUUUAAGAGCGUUCGGCUCCACUCAUUUGCACUUGUAAAAUUUAUUGCUUUAGGCUGGUGAAAAUCAA